AUGUUCGCUCGCUCAAAGUCACCAAAGCCCUCCUCGUCCUCCCACUCUGCCGGCCAUCGUCCACCGGCAACCCUCCAGGUCUCCCCACCUUCCUCCCCAGCACCGUUCCUCGCUCCACCAGGUCGCUACCACAGCAGCGCAGACAACUCGCCACUGACGUCGCCAACUCUGCAGCGACAGCCGUCUCUCAGCCGUGUGGACCCCUUUGCACGCGUCUUCCCCUUGCCCCCAGGCGCAGACGGUGGCGACCUCGCUCCACCCUCGAUCCGCCCGGGCUCAGUUCGCUCCAUCACACUCGAACGCUCAGGCGCAGGAGGCGAGUCGCCAGACGACGACCGUGCGUCGCGCCGCUCGGUUCGCUCCCGCAAGGCCUCGUCGAGGAGUAUCAACAACAGCAGUAACAAUAACAACAACAACAACAGCCGUCCAACUGCCGAAGAAGCCGUCAUUAUGCCUUCCCCCGUCGAGUACCACCACACUCUCGCCCCGCCACAAAACACCGGAAAGUCGUCGUCAUCGCGGUCCAACAUGACGCCCAAGCCUCAGAACAAGCGCCUCACAGAGGUCAACCUCGAACUCGCCGAGGGCAAUGACCGCGUCGGUGCCCUCAACUCGACCCUCAACUCGACGACAGACUCGUUGGGCGUCAUUGGCAGCUUUGACAAGCGCCUCAACCGCUCCGUCAUGAGUCUCGGGUCCCGCACAAAGGCAGAAAAGGUCCUCGGCGUCGACCCCCAGCCCCGUCUUGCAUCGUUGUACCUCGUCUCCGGUCUCGGCAAGGAUCCGGCCCAGUGGGCCCUGUCGGACAAGGAUGCCACUCUCGGCGUCCACCCCAUGGAAGACUCGCUCGGUGUGUUUUGGCGUCCCGACAUGCUUGGCAACACGUUCAGUGGCGAGAAGAAUGAGGACUGGGUCAGCCGCCACGGUAAAAGCUCUGGCCAUUCGCAGCGCAGCAACAACAGCGGCACGUCCCGUCGUGAAGUGAGCAGCAAGACGGUGCCCGGUGCCGGUCCCGAGGGACCCUCGCGCCUCGUGGCCCGUACCAUGAAGUAUGCCCACCCCAAGGACGUCGAGGUCAUCAACUCGCAGCUGGCCCCGCCCACGACCUGCCACACUUUCACUUUCAGCGUCUCCCGCCAGAGCACCCUGUGGGCCAUUGCCGCCCAGGCCGGCCGCAAGGGCGGAGACCAAUACCAGACCGCCUUUAGCAACUAUGACUCUGCGGGACUUCCUCCUGCCGGCCAGGAGCACCUGCGCGGCACCACCAGCUCGUCCGACCUGGUCUUUUACGGCGUCACCCUCACGGUCUGGAGCCACGCCGACAAGGACCGUGCGGCCAAGCUCAAAGAGUUCAAGUCGCGCGCCGCUCAGCGGCCCCGAGUCAGCUCGAACAUUUCAGACGCCACGGCCAAGGGCGGAUCGCGCCGCCGCAAGGCUCCAUGGCUGACAGCUGGUCGCAAGGGCGGCCAGAGCGACUACACCGCCAGCGAGACUGGCAUGUCCGACUCGGACAUGGACACCACGUUCACGGCCACCGACGUCGACUAUUCGGUCACAGACAUGAACCAGGCCUACGGCGAGUCGAGUGAUGUCUUUUGGCUUCCUUAUGCUCUCACUCUUGUCUCCCGCUACCCCAUCUACGAUGUCAUGCACGACUACCUGCGCCUCAGCUGGGCACGUUACUCCAAGGACGCGCGCUCGCACAUGCGCCAGAUCUUCUCGCUUCUCAACGGUGACGCACCACGCCCCGGCGAUCUGUUCCGUCUCCCCAUCGGCACCACCGUUGACGACGAGGUCAUGAUUGAGGCGACCAUGCCCGGCGCGCUCGAUUUCGAAAAGGGUACACUCAAGGUCGACUACCAGAUGUGGCCCCUUUUCCAGGCCCUCGACCUCGACCACAUCAUCACCUGCAUGGAGGUCGCCCUCUCCAACUCGGGUCGCAUCAUCUUCUGUUCCCGCCACCCAGCCAUGCUGGGUGUGGCAGUCGACACGCUCAAGUACAUUGUCGAGUUGCGCGGAUGGGACGGUAUUGCGCUCCCCAACAUUCACUCGCGCGAUGCCACCUUCCUCAUCGAGGACCCCGGACCGUACAUUAUUGGUAUUGCCACCGAGUGCCGCUACGUCGUCACUCCGCCUCCCGAGGUCGUCAUUGUCGACCUCGACAUGAACACGCUGUCGUGCAAGGGCCUCCCCACCGGUGUCGUCACGCCGCGCCACAAGCGUGAAAAGGCGCGCAUGAAGCUGCUCGCCGCUCUUGGUGCUGCCUAUCCCUACGAGAGGUCUGUGCCGAUGGAGUACCGCGUCUCCUUCCCCAAGGGCUCGUUCCGUAACGUCAACCGUGUCCUCCACGGCCCCGUGCGCCCCCGUUACCUCGGCGAGCGCCUCCACAUCCCGAGCUGGUGGAACCAGACCGCGGUCAUUGCUGUGUUUGACAAGAUCAUGGCCGACAAGCACAAGAAGCCGUCGCUGUUCCAGCGCCUGACCAAGUCUGGCUUUGCGCGUGCGCAGGAGCAGCUCACUGCCAACGAGCAGAUCGCCAAGGCCAUGAUGCGCAAGCGUGCCCUCCACUAUGUGGAGAAGCGUGACGACUUUGAGCUCAAGGUCGCGCGUAUCACGCGCCGUCUCCAGAAGCUCAUCCAGGAGGGCGAGCACUGGAAGCAGCGCUUUGAGAUGUUUGAAAAAUACGCCGAGCGUCUGUCGCAGGAGGCUGCCGACCUCAAGGCCAAGAUUGAUCGCGAGCAGCGCGAAGCCCGUCGCUUGUCAAACAUCAACACGGAGCAGGAGAAGACCAACCUCCAGCUGCAGCAAAAGCUGGCCCAGACGGAGAAUGCGCGUGCCGAGGCGAUGCGCCAGCUGUCCGACAUGCACCACUCGAUCCAGGAGCUGGAACGCGAGCGCAACGAGAUCAUGGACGUCAUCGAGAUGCAGAUCACCUCUGCGCUCGAGCACAUGCCCUACCUCGACCUCGAGCGUCAGCGCAGCGGCACCCCGGAGAUGCACCACCGCUCGACCACGCCCGUCGAGACGCCGCCCAUGUCGCCCAUGAGUGGCAACUCGUACGGCACCGUCCGCCGCAAGCACCGCCCGGGGACUCGCGACUCGACCCAGAGCCAGUUCACCAUCGACUCGGGUGCGCCCAUGAGCGUGCUGGGUGCCCUCAACGACGGCCCGACCCGCCGUGGCCUGGGAUCCAUCCUCGACAUGGACUCUAUCAACGGCGCGGACCGCGUCCUGUCCGUCACCAAGUCGGACACGAUCGCUCAGCGCGUGGCCCUCAUCCAGGCCAAGCUCGAGCUCGCCCUCGCGCCCGUGCACCAGCUCGCGGCCGAGGCUGACAGCGAGGACAGCCACUCGGGCUCGAGCAUGGGCACGGGCUCGUCGAGCGGCGGCGACCACAAGGUCCAGGGCCACGACGACGAGGCCGGCAGCAUCACCAGCCACGAAGACCACAUCCGCAAGGUCCGCCCAGACUCGCAGCUCCUCGCCACUGUCGCCGUCACGGCGCCCAGCGACGACGGCAAGUCGGACACGUCCGAUGCCGGCCGCAGCGGCUCGGACCGCCCGCCACCUCCUCCCCGCUCCGAGCUGCGCAACCCCCCGCCGCAGCCACAGCAGCCGCCUCCGGGCUUCCGCGCGCUCGUCCUCCGCCCGCCCCCGCGCCGCGUGAUCCAGAAGAAGAGCUACGAGUCCAUCGACUCGACGAGCUCCACCGAAGUCGUCAAGGCCACGCUGCACCCGCGCAACUCGCUCGGCGCCGUCGGUGGCGCGCACGAAAUCAUCCUCACCUCGCCCGACAGCACCGAGUCGCUCCGCUCCGACGACUCGAAGGAGCACCGCAAGGAAUCCCACCUGCGCGUCGUCGAGGAACGCCCCGCCAGCAUCAUCUCCACCACGACCAUUGCGUUUGGCGGCGCAGAGUAA